AUGGCUCUGAAUGAUUGUUUGCUUUUGAACUUGGAAGUGGACCACUUCUUGCACUGCAACAUCUCCAAUCACAGUGCAGAUCUCCCCACCAACGACGACUGGUUCCACCCAGGGAUCUUCUAUGUCAUCCCUGCCAUCUAUGGGGUCAUCAUUCUGAUAGGCCUCGUCGGCAACAUCACCCUGAUCAAGAUCUUCUGUACGGUGAAGGCCAUGCGAAAUGUGCCCAACCUGUUCAUCUCCAGUCUGGCCUUGGGAGACCUGCUCCUCCUGGUAACGUGCGCUCCCGUGGAUGCCAGCAGGUACCUGGCCGACAGAUGGCUGUUUGGCAGGAUUGGCUGCAAACUGAUCCCCUUUAUACAGCUCACCUCGGUGGGGGUGUCUGUCUUCACACUCACGGCUCUCUCGGCAGACAGGUACAAAGCCAUCGUCCGGCCAAUGGAUAUCCAGGCCUCUCACGCUCUGAUGAAGAUCUGCCUCAAAGCUGCAUUGAUCUGGAUUAUCUCCAUGCUUUUGGCCAUCCCAGAGGCUGUGUUUUCUGAUCUACAUCCCUUCCAUGAGGAAAGCACCAACCAGACCUUCAUUAGCUGUGCCCCAUACCCACACUCUAAUGAGCUGCACCCCAAAAUUCACUCCAUGGCUUCCUUCCUGGUCUUCUACAUCAUCCCACUGUCGAUUAUCUCUGUCUACUACUACUUCAUUGCUAGAAAUCUGAUCCAGAGUGCUUACAAUCUGCCUGUGGAAGGGAAUAUACAUGUCAAGAAGCAGAUUGAAUCCCGGAAGCGCCUUGCCAAGACAGUGCUGGUGUUCGUGGGCCUCUUUGCCUUCUGCUGGCUCCCCAACCACAUCAUCUACCUGUACCGCUCCUACCACUACUCUGAGGUAGACACCUCCAUGCUCCACUUCAUCACCAGCAUCUGCGCCCGCCUCCUGGCCUUCACCAACUCCUGUGUGAACCCUUUCGCCCUCUACCUGCUGAGCAAGAGUUUCAGGAAACAAUUCAACACCCAGCUCCUCUGUUGUCGGCCUGGCCUGAUGACCCGCUCUCAUAGCACUGGCAGAAGUACCACCUGCAUGACCUCCUUCAAGAGCACCAACCCCUCUGUGGCCACCUUCAGCCUCAUCAAUGGAAACAUCUGUCAUGAAGGGUACGUCUAG